AUGACAUCAGAGCUCUUCAUGAAGGAGGGCAGGCUCUCCCUCACUUCUGGAGACACCGAUCGAUGGCACAGGCAGAAGCAUCAGAAGCUUCUUCCCAUGGAUCCUUUGCAAAUGGCCCACUCGGGCCCUCGGAAGAAGAGGCCCAGGCAGAUGGGUGCCUCAAUGGUCUCUCCUCCGCAUGACAUCAAGUUUCGGGAUUUGGUUCUCUAUAUUUUGGAGAAGAAAAUGGGAACCACCCGCAGAGCCUUCCUCAUGGAGCUGGCACGAAGGAAAGGAUUCAGGGUUGAAAAUGAGCUCAGCACUCCUCCCUCCGCGUCCCCGGACAUGCUGGCUGUCUCUGGUAGAGGCAGGGCCGUGUCCAGAGACACCCCCGGUGAAGAGACAGUGGUGGUGCAGCAGGGAUGUGAUUCCGUCACGCACAUUGUAGCAGAAAACAACUCUGGCUCAGACGUCCUAGAGUGGCUGCAGGUACAGAAUGUAAAAGCCAGCUCACAGCUAGAGCUCCUGGACAUCUCCUGGCUGAUAGAAUCCAUGGGAGCAGGAAAACCAGUAGAGGUGACAGGAAAACACCAGCUUGUGAGAAGAGAUUAUUCAGCUAGCCCAAACCCAGAGCUCCAGAAGACUCCGCCACUUGUUGUAAAAAAGAUCCCUCUGUAUGCAUGUCAGAGAAGAACCACUUUAAACAACUUAAACCACAUAUUCACGGACGCCUUCGAGGUGCUGGCGGAAAACUAUGAGUUUAAAGAAAAUGAAAUCUCCUCUGCGACAUUUAUGAGAGCAGCUUCUGUGCUUAAAUCUCUGCCAUUCACAAUCAUCAGUAUGAAGGACACAGAAGGAAUUCCCUGCCUGGGGGACAAAGUGAAGUGUGUCAUAGAGGAAAUUAUUGAAGAUGGAGAAAGUUCUGAAGUUAAAGCUGUGUUGAAUGAUGAACGAUAUCAGUCCUUCAAACUCUUUACUUCUGUGUUCGGAGUGGGAUUGAAGACAUCUGAGAAAUGGUUCAGGAUGGGUUUCCGAACUCUGAGUAAAAUAAAGUCAGACAAAACCCUGAAGUUCACACAAAUGCAGAAAGCAGGAUUCCUCUAUUAUGAAGACCUCGUCAGCUGUGUGACCAGGGCAGAAGCAGAGGCAGUCGGUGUGCUGGUUAAAGAGGCCGUCUGGGCGUUUCUGCCUGAUGCCUUCGUCACCAUGACAGGAGGAUUCCGGAGGGGUAAGAAGAUUGGGCACGAUGUUGAUUUUUUAAUUACCAUCCCCGGAUCAACAGACGAAGAAGAGGAACAACUUUUACCUAAAGUGAUAAACUUAUGGCAAAGGAAGGAAUUACUUUUAUACUACGACCUUGUGGAGUCGACAUUUGAAAAGCUCAAGUUGCCUAGCAGGAAGGUGGAUGCUUUAGAUCAUUUUCAAAAGUGCUUUCUGAUUUUAAAAUUGCACCAUCAGAGAGUGGACAGUGGCAAGUGUAGCCAGCAGGAAGGGAAGACCUGGAAGGCCAUCCGUGUGGACCUGGUCAUGUGCCCCUACGAGCGCCGUGCCUUUGCCCUGCUGGGCUGGACUGGCUCGCGGCAGUUUGAGAGAGACCUCCGGCGGUAUGCCACGCAUGAGCGGAAGAUGAUCCUGGAUAACCAUGCUUUAUACGACAAGACCAAGAAAAUAUUUCUCAAAGCAGAAAGUGAAGAAGAAAUUUUUGCACAUCUGGGAUUGGAUUACAUUGAACCAUGGGAAAGAAAUGCCUAAAAAAAGUUGUCAACUUUUUUUCAGUUUUUUUUUUUCGGGUUAAAUAAAUUAUGCUUCAUAUUAUAGUAAAGAUGCCUUAAGAAAAUAUGAGAUUCUUUAAGCCUUAUUGAAAUGCAGAUUGCUUUUAGAAAGAGUUUUGGAAACAUGAUAAGGCACCGCCACCUGGUAAUGGGUUAGGGUCUAAUAGGCCGUUUGUAUGACUGUUGCUUAGAUUUCACAAUGCAUUUUUCCAUAGAAAUGUUGUUGUAAUUGGUGGCUCAUUUCCAGCAUAGCUCGUCAAAGCCCAUAGUGUAGCUGAAAUACUAUAUAUAUGCAAUAAAAAUAGGAGGAAUCAAAA